GACCGCGGUCGCGUAGCUGACGUCAUCGCUGUGCGCUGCCACGUCUGCUCAGCUCCGCGGUAAUGGAGGCUGGGGAUGGGUGCUGAAGGUACCAGGCUCUGGCUCUAGCUUUAGCUCCGGCACUGGAACUGCCUCGGAGUCUGGGUCUGAGUCUUGCAGCCCGAAGCCUGGACACCUUUUCUUGAUUCUCUAGGCGGGGGCUGUCUGCGUGCAAGCAGCUGGUUUGCAGCGUUUCAACGCGGGGAGGGAGUUCCCUUACGUGGGGUCCAGUCUGUAAAGUUGUCGCCGCUUUCUAGGGAUCCCGCCCCACCGGCUGGGACUUUUCCAUGCGUGGCACUGGAAGCAGACUGGUUCCUGGACAUGCCCGGUGGAAGGAGGGGCCCUAGUCGGCAACAGCUAAGCCGUUCAGCUUUACCUUCUUUGCAGACUUUGGUUGGUGGUGGCUGUGGCAAUGGCACAGGCUUGAGAAACAGGAAUGGUAGUGCUAUUGGCCUUCCAGUCCCACCUAUCACAGCCUUAAUCACCCCAGGUCCUGUUCGUCAUUGCCAAAUUCCUGACUUGCCUGUGGAUGGGAGCCUACUCUUUGAAUUCCUUUUUUUCAUCUACCUGUUGGUUGCUCUUUUCAUUCAGUACAUCAACAUUUAUAAAACAGUGUGGUGGUAUCCUUACAAUCAUCCUGCUUCUUGUACAUCACUGAAUUUUCAUCUCAUUGAUUAUCAUCUGGCAGCAUUCAUCACAGUGAUGCUUGCGAGGAGGCUUGUAUGGGCUCUCAUCUCAGAGGCUACUAAGGCAGGUGCAGCAUCAAUGAUUCACUACAUGGUUCUGAUAUCAGCUCGCUUGGUACUACUCACUUUGUGUGGAUGGGUACUUUGUUGGACCCUCGUCAAUCUCUUUCGAAGCCAUUCAGUCCUCAAUCUCCUUUUCCUUGGCUACCCGUUUGGUGUUUAUGUUCCUCUUUGCUGUUUUCAUCAAGAUAGUAGAGCUCACCUUCUUCUCACAGACUAUAACUAUGUGGUUCAGCACCAGGCAGUAGAGGAAAGUGCCUCGACUGUGGGAGGCUUGGCCAAAUCCAAAGACUUUCUCUCCUUGUUGCUGGAGUCUCUAAAAGAACAGUUUAAUAAUGCCACACCCAUCCCCACCCACAGUUGUCCCCUAUCUCCAGACCUCAUUCGCAAUGAAGUAGAAUGUCUGAAAGCAGAUUUCAACCACAGAAUCAAGGAGGUUCUCUUCAACUCCCUCUUCAGUGCCUACUAUGUUGCAUUUCUCCCCCUGUGUUUUGUGAAGAGUACCCAGUACUAUGACAUGCGCUGGUCAUGCGAGCACCUCAUUAUGGUGUGGAUCAAUGCUUUUGUCAUGCUCACCACGCAACUGUUGCCAUCCAAAUACUGUGAUUUGCUACAUAAAUCAGCUGCUCACCUGGGCAAGUGGCAGAAGCUGGAACAUGGGUCCUACAGCAAUGCUCCCCAGCACAUUUGGUCAGAAAAUACAAUAUGGCCUCAAGGGGUGCUGGUGCGGCACAGCAGAUGUUUAUAUAGAGCCAUGGGGCCUUACAACGUGGCAGUGCCUUCAGAUGUAUCCCAUGCCCGCUUUUAUUUCUUAUUUCAUCGACCAUUAAGGCUGUUAAAUCUGCUUAUCCUUAUUGAGGGCAGUGUCGUCUUCUAUCAGCUCUAUUCCUUGCUGCGGUCGGAGAAGUGGAACCACACACUUUCCAUGGCUCUCAUCCUCUUCUGCAACUACUAUGUUUUAUUUAAACUUCUCCGGGACAGAAUAGUAUUAGGCAGGGCAUACUCCUACCCACUCAACAGUUAUGAACUCAAGGCAAACUAAGCUGCCUCUCAACAAUGAGGGAGAACUCAGAUAAAAAUAUUUUCAUACGUUCUAUUUUUUUCUUGUGAUUUUUAUAAAUAUUUAAGAUAUUUUAUAUUUUGUAUACUAUUAUGUUUUGAAAGUCGGGAAGGGUAAGGGAUAUUAAAUGUAUCCGUAAACAAGGUGAUGUGAUCUUUCAUGUGUUAGUAUAUUUGAAUAAUAUACAUAUGAGAGGUAUGCCUGUCCAGUAAAGAGAUUGAUUUGUUUGUAUGGCUCUGGAAUAACUCAUUCGUUUAUGAACACAUCUCAUGUAUUACUUGACACAGUACCUUUGGUAUGUCUGCUUUUCUUUCAAUCUUCAUUAUCUUUAGCCCUCAGCUGGCCAGUAAUUAUUGCUAAAGAAAGGGAGAUCAGUGGAGUUGCCUACCAGCACCCAUUCUCUUUUAGUUCAGCUGGCUAAUAGUAUUGGAAUACAUCGGGAAAAGAGUGGGUUAAAGUCCUAGGUGGGGUUCUCUUUGUUGCCUACUAGGAGGAAGCAGUAGGCUUCCUUUCUAAGAUAGGGACUCAGCUGGUCUAUUUUACCCUGUGACGUGUAAAUAUACUUUUGAAUAAGCUACUAUCCUGAGGCUCAGGGUUUUGCUGCCACUUUUCCUGUUUUUCCACUUCUGCUUCCAAAGAUUUUCCUUUUAGUUGUUUGAAACAAUACUUUACAAGACAGGAAGUCUUUAGACUGCCCGCAUUCAUGAAGGAGAUGAUGUGUGGCUAGAUCAGUAGAAGAAGCUGAGUGCAAAUGCCUUGUUGGCUAGAGUAUCGGAAGGUUGAAAAUUCCAGGUAACUGGGAGAAUGGGCAAGUCCUCAGCUGAACAAUCUUGGAUGUAGUCUAGCAGCAACCCACCUACAGUGGCAUUAUGUUUGGAGUUACGAGGAGAAGUGAAAGAUAAGAAUUACCUACAGCUUUGUAUUCAGAUAAUUUAUAUCCAAAAUUUGUGUUUUAAAUUUCAUACUCCAGAACUUUUAUGCUUAUGAGUAUUAGCCCUUUAGGUUAUGGGAGGUGAUAUACUUAGCCCAUUGAUAUUGUCACUUGUCAUCUAAAUUUAUGAGACCUUGUCUUAGAGAAUCUAAACUAUAUUGUCUUAUGUUUUCUGUGCUGAGUUUGGUUUGUUACACUCUGAAACUUCUGGUGAGACAAAAUAAGACUUAUGAAGUAAAAAGACCAAUCAUGUAGUUCACAAGCUGGCUCUGAAAAUAAUUCUUGCAGAAGAGUUCUGAAAGGUUUCACCAAAGGAAGCAUUGUGAGGAGUGUGUAUAAAACCAAGGUACCCAAUAUCAGUUUAUGUUUAAAU